CCUCAAACCUUGAUAUCAACAGUUCUUGCAUUAGGUCAUUAGUUUUCGUUCUUUGUUACGCGGCAGCGGUUGGCUCUGUCAAAAUGUUUCUUAUUGAAUGGUUCACUGGAGUUCUUCAAUAUUUAGGGCUUUGGAAGAAGUCUGGAAAGUUGGUUUUUCUGGGUUUAGACAACGCUGGCAAGACUACGUUAUUACACAUGCUGAAGGAUGAUCGACUAGGACAACAUUAUCCAACUCUUCAUCCCACAUCAGAAGAGUUGACAAUGGGUAGCCUCAAGUUUACCACUUAUGAUCUAGGAGGACAUUCUCAAGCUCGUCGAGUGUGGAAGGACUACUUUCCAGCUGUAGAUGCUAUUGUCUUUCUUGUUGACGCCUUCGACAGAGACAGGUUUCUCGAAUCGAAGACAGAGUUGGAUAGUUUGUUGACAGAUGAGCAGGUAGCCAAUUGUCCUGUGUUGGUCCUGGGCAACAAGAUUGAUCGAGCUGGCGCUGCCAGUGAAGAGGAACUACGAACAGUAUUUGGGCUUCACGGGCAAACAACUGGCAAGGUUGUGAGUUGUGAAUAUGUAUUAACUAGCUCACCAUCCCGUUCUCCGCACGGGCAAAUUAGCUAUUAAUAUUACUAAUGGUUAGUAAAUUGCUAUUAUUAAGCUACGAGCAUAAAGAAGGACACCACAAUAAGUGGUGGACUGCUUCGCGAGAAGCUCACUCUAAACGGUCUGAAUUGACUUCUGGUCUGUCUGUCGGUAAGUCGCUAUGUACGUACGUACCUACCUAUGUAUGUUUGUUUGUAAGCGUGUGUCACGCUUGGGAGUUUGUCAGCCAAUCAGCAAUUGUUUUGGGACGCCAAACAUAGGUGACGUAACAAUAGCACAUCGGCGAGAAUCACUCUCGGGAAUUUGUCGAGCCAAUCAGCAGUCCUUUGGGAGACCAACAAUGGGUGACGUAACAAUCCCACGAAUUAUGGCAGAAAAGCCGAGAUGUCAUAUCCAUAGUAAAAACAUUAAACCGUUGUCAAACUGAGAGCGCAGAGUAAAGUUCAGGCUAGAGUUGUACGCAUCUGUUACUUUUUCACAAAGAAUCGCAAAACAAACAAAUUCAUCGUUCUUCAAGAAGCCAAGCGAAGGUUUCAUGGGACCAUGCAUGUGUACCAUUGCGCACGACCAACAUGUCAUCCACGAUCUUUAAGAGGGCAAUAUGUUUUAGCUGUAAGUCGUUCUGAUGAUGAACGAUCGGCAUCGUCUUGCAAGAAAGAUUCGUAGGAAACGCUAACGCUGCUUUCUUCUGGAUCCGGUCACUACAUGUCGUUGCACAGCAUUUCUAGGAGACGUACGAGAUCAAUCUUUAUCUAGCUACAACAAAUUAUCAUCGGAACGAAAGAUGCUAGCAAUGUACGGCUCAGCGAAAGCAUAAUAAUCUUGUCCACCUCAUUAAGUGCAAGUGAUGCAAGAUCAAGCACUACACAAUUGAGAAAUAAUGUGAAUAACAAGCCUGCUCUGUUCAAGAAUAUAUUUACAGGUAGGACUGAUGAUGAAUGAUCGACUUCGUCUUGCAAAAAAGAUUCGUAGGAAACGCUGUGCUGCAUGCUUUCUUUUGAAUCCGGUCGCUACACAUCCAUGUCGCUUCACAGUAUUUCCUGUGCGCGUACAUUGAUCUCUAGCUAUGACGAAUUAAUUUUAAUUAACGGAAAGAAAGAUGAUAGCAACAGCUCAACGAAAGCAUGAUAAUCGUGUCCACUUGAAGUGAUGCAAGCAAGAGCACAAUAUGCAGCAUUGAGAAAUAACGUGGAUAGAAAGCUCACUCCUUGCAAGAGACACAGCUGUCACGCAUGUGCAUGUACUGAAUUUGAAGUGUAGUGUGGGACAUUGAUGAUAUUUAGUUAAUUAUCUUUAAUCACAUCGACGCAUCCCUGGGUUUUCAAAGAAUUAUACAUUCUAGCAACAAGCUAAUGAUUAAUUAAUGAUAAUAAUGACAAUAAAUAGACCAAAAUUAAUAAAAUUUACAUUAAUAUUCACAAUAAACACACACACACACACACACACACACACACACACACACACACACACACACACACACACACACACACACACGGUUGCUCGUAGCUCUGAAGCGACGGGUGUGAACACAGCUUUGUUUACUAGUUAUUAGUUGUAGUUAAAUAAUUAAUUUAUCGUUUAUGCAUUCAUGAAGUACCAUAUUCGCCUGUAAUAACGCACCUUA